GCCGAUGCCAAACAAUAAAAUAACCAUUGAUAGUUUGACAUUUGUUUCCUUUUUCAUAUGCCAAUAAUAAUAUGCGAAAAUAACAAUAAUAAAAAUGGCACAAUCCGUUAAUAUUUCGGUGGAAUCAGUUAUUGAAAAUGUAAUUCAAGAGAUUACCUACGAUGGGAGUGAGAUCUUUCAACCGCCGCUAACACUAUCGGAGAGUUUGACUCGGAAUGCAUGUCGAAUUGAUUUUAGCAAAGAUUUGGAUGAAUCGGAUCCAUCAACGAGUGGUGUUGCAUCAAAAGCAAUGGCAAUCAAAGAGGAAAAAGAUGAUGAAGAAAUGAAGGAUGCGGAUCGAUUCAAUGCCAAUCUAUGGCCAUGGGAUUCGGUUCGUAACAAACUACGAGAUGCAAUGACUGAAGUAUGUGUAUUAUCCGAUGUAUUGUCAAUAGCCAAACGAAAACAAUACAUGGUAUUAGAUCCAGUCCCUCAAGAAACACAAACAAUUAAACCGAUUGUUCAAAUUUUUGCACGUAAAAAAGCACUAUCGAAUGCAGCCAAUAUACUACUUACUGGUGCCGAACAACUACGAAACUCACAAAGCGAAGCGAAAAAUAACCGAAACGUAUCUGAUUUUCACAUCGAACUGUUGAGACUGCGCCAAAAUUGGCGAUUGAAAAAGGUCGGAAACACAAUUAUUGGUGACUUAAGUUACAAAACGGCCGGUUCAAAAUUUCCGCAUAAUGGCACCUUUGAGGUAACAAAAGCCGAAGAUGAACCAGACACAGAGAAACAACAACCAUCGACACCGACAUCAACGAUUCCAAAGCCAAAUUCGGCACUUCGGGUCACCGUUCCAUCGGAGUUACAAGGUGUUGCCUAUAUUAAAGUUAUUACACAAAAAGAUCAAGAAGAUUUGUGUACGGCCGUUGUGAAUUUAAUGGGACAUGGACCGAAUAUAACACAUCAAGCAGGCAUUUGGCAAAAGAGCUUGGAAUAUGCUCAGAAUGUACUUUUUUGCAAAGAAUUGUUCAAUCAACUGGCCCGCGAAGCAGUUCAAAUUCAGGCAGCUAUUCCGCAUGUUGUUGUUGGCAAUCAAAUUCGAGCCACACUUUUAUCUGGCAUUCAAUUGAUCAUCAGUUUAUGUCAUUCAACGACAUUUGAUUCAGCAAGCUCGGGACCCAUUACUGAUCAUGAUCAUGUUUUGGAGCAUUCACUGCAUCAACUGUUGCGAGAGGUGCAUUACAAAAAUACACAUCUGCCAUUGCCGCACCAUAUUCACGGUGGUCCGAUGGUAGCGUCGAAGAAACGAAUGCUUGCCGGCCCAAUGGCUGCCGAUCGUUAUGAAUUGCUUGAAAUGACAAAAUCUCAAACACUUCUCGAACAAAUCAUCGCACAAGCUCAACACAUUUUCAUGCGGAAACGAACACAGUACGUGUUGGAUACAUUAGCCCGUGACGUCAAAGAUCCACAAAUUAUUUCACAUUGGAAUUCAAUGAAUAGCCCAACAAUGUCUUGUGUUAAAAUCAACAUCGUCACUUAUGGCUAUGAUACUGUUUGCCGUACAACGUUGUCGAUUCAUGUUAAAGAACGAAGUUUGAAAUGCAUUACACGCGAUGGUCGCGUCAUGCUCAUGUCAUAUGAACCACAAGAAUUGAGAGAUUUGAUUUUGUGCCAAAUUAAUAUGCAUCAAAUAUCCGGAUUGCAAUUGGUUGCAAAGUGUAUGGCAUGGCAAACAUUAUCGAAUAGCAAUCAUUUGGGUAUUGGUCGUGUUGAACCGCUCGGUAAUGCAACCUCAUGCCUCUUAGCCUCACCAAAUGGUGAUCGAUUGAUUGCCGUUAAGAUUUAUUGCGAUCCACCACAUAUUGAUAUCAAAGUUUACGUGGCCCAAAUAUCGGAAAAUAAUAGCAUUGAAAGCGAACUAGUUCAAGGCAAGCAUUGGGAUCAACUAAACAUCAAUUUCAGAGAGAUUCGUUUCGAAAAACUGGAGGGAAAAAACUUUUUGAAUAAAAUGGAAAAUUUAAUGGCCAGUCUCUCAGCAAAUCCCAAAAUAUAAUAAAUUAACCGAAUAAUUUGACAAUUGCAAAUUUAAUAAAAUCUAUUUUACAAA